GUGAUUACAUUAUGUAUGAAGAAGAGGAUUGGGAUGCUGAAUUGGAGGGGGGUACGACACCAUCCGUGCCCACAAAGCCAUACGAUGCUUGGAAUAAUUCUUACAGUCAGACAUCCUCUGCCUCAUUUCAAAAUCAUUCACCACAGAAAAUGGAAAAUUCAUUUACACGGUCACGGGGGAGAGGAAGCUGGUCUUCCGGUAGAUCUGAUAGAAGUGAUUGGCGGAGUCGUGAGGAAGGCAAUAGCUUCCAAAGCAGUGGGUUCGGGCGAGGGAGUAGAGGGCGAGAUAGAGAGGAUGGACGGCGUGGAAGAAGAGGAGGAUCAUUUGGUGGCGGAUGGUCAAAUAGAAAGGAAGACAAUGAGAAUUCGGAUGAAAGAAACCACUCAGCAAUAUAUGUUGAGUCCUCAGUAGUAGGAAAAAUCAUAGGUAAAGGAGGUUCUAAAAUUCGUGAAUUACAGGACAACAGUGGAGCUAGAAUUCAGGUGACAAGAGAAGAGAAUGACAAUGGUGAAGUUAAAGUUCAAAUAUCGGGAACACCUGAUGUCAUAACUAAAGCCAAAGAGUUAAUAGAGGAGACCAUCAGCCCAGUGGACAGAAAGACAAAGUCAUUCGAAAGUAUGGCAAGUUCGAACUCCAGCAGUGUCAGUAAUCCAGCACCAAGGAUAAACUGGGCAAUGAUUCGAGCAAACAAGGAUGAAAAUGAGAGAAUGAAGUUUCAAGGUUUACCAGAAAUAAGGAAGAAUUUUUAUAUAGAAGAUCCAGAUGUUGCCAACAUGCACCCAAGGGAGGCUGCCCAUAUAAGGGAGACAAACAACAAUAUCAUUGUGAAUGAUCUCAGUAAAGAGGGAAACAAAAGGAUCCCCAAUCCCGUCCGAACAUUCGAGGAGGCUUUUCAGCAUUAUCCUGAAAUUUUGGAUACCAUUUAUGCCCAGAAUUUCAAGGAUCCUUCACCUAUUCAAAAACAAGCAUGGCCAGUCCUUUUACAAGGAGACGAUCUGAUAGGAAUUGCCCAGACAGGGACGGGCAAAACACUUGCGUUUUUGUUACCAGCAUUUAUACAUAUUGACCAGCAACCAAUUCCAAAAUAAAGGACGGGUGGUCCAAACGUUCUGGUUUUAUCACCAACACGCGAGUUAGCACUGCAGAUAGAGGCAGAGGUUAAGAAAUUCCACUACAGGGGGAUAAAGAGUGUAUGUGUGUAUGGAGGAGGUAACAGGAGGGAACAAAUUAAGGUGGUAACCGAAGGAGUAGAAAUUAUUGUCGCCACCCCGGGACGAUUGAAUGACCUGGUCAUGAAUGGGAUUGUGAAUGUCAAAUCGGUCACUUACUUGAUCCUUGAUGAAGCAGAUCGAAUGUUGGACAUGGGAUUUGAACCAGAGAUUAAGAAGAUCUUGUUAGAUAUUCGGCCUGAUAGACAGACUGUGAUGACAAGUGCUACUUGGCCUCCAGGAGUCAGAAGAUUGGGAGAGAGUUAUCUCAAGGACCCAAUACAAGUAUUUGUAGGAUCCUUAGACUUAGCUACUUGUCAUUCUGUAACACAGUACAUAGAGAUCAUCGAUCAGGAUGAUAAGAAAGAAAGGGUGGUCAGAUUUAUCACAGAAGAAAUGGCAGAGGAUGACAAAGUCUUAAUCUUUGUUGGGAGAAAGAUAACAGCGGAUGAUCUCUCCAGUGAUUUAUCUCUGCACAUGAUCAACUGCCAGUGUAUCCAUGGAGACAGAGAACAAUGUGAUCGAGAACAAGCUCUGGAGGAUUUUAAGGAGGGCCACACUAGAAUUCUGGUAGCUACUGAUGUUGCUUCUCGUGGUCUCGAUGUUAAAGACAUCACACAUGUCUUUAAUUACGAUUUCCCAAGAAACAUGGAGGAAUACGUCCACAGAGUGGGCAGGACCGGCAGAGCAGGAAAAACAGGAACAUCCAUUACACUGGUCACUCGCUCUGACUGGAGAUCGGCCUCUCACCUGAUAGAAAUCCUAGAAGAGGCUAAUCAGGUUGUGCCUGCUGAGCUAACAAGAAUGGCUGAGCGCUAUGAAUCCCACAAAGAGAAGAUCAACGAGGAGCGUGCCAAUGGUAUAUACCGCCCCCGGGGUGGGGGACGAGGGAGGCGGAGAGAGGAGGGAGUGUAUGUCUGUAUGGAUGGUGUCCCUUGAAUUCAGUGUUGUGAAAUGUAAAGGAUCAGUCGGCCAGUUUUAAAUAAUUGGUUCAUCAGUGCCAAAGUGAAGAAAACUGGUAGUGCAAUACAGUGUGAAGCGCAUCGUUGCAGAAUGUUGAAGGAUUUUUUUUCAUUGCUUGAAGGAAUCAAGCAUAUUAAGUGCACUGUUAUGUGCCUGUAUUUGAUUUUAAGGAGGCAUUCAGAUUUAUGUAUAUGUACAAUAUUUUACCAGUAGUACCUAGGUGUAUGUACAGGUGUAGUCCCCAUGAGAAGCACAAGGUACAGUUUAAAUCUUAAAGAGUAAAUGCUGAGUUAUAAAGUUUAUAUACGGUCAUGUCUCACUAACUCUUCUUUUUUAGCUCACCAGGCUCAAGAGAGCUUUUCUGAUUAAAAUUUGCCAUUGUCUGUCAUCGGCAGCGUAAACUUUUCACAUUUUUAUCUUCUUCUCCAGAACCACUUGGCCAAUUUCAACCAAACUUAGCACAAAGCAUCCUUGGGUGAAAGGGAUUCAAGCAUGUUGAAAUGAAGGGCCAUGCCCUCUGCAAAGGGGAGAUAAUCACAAUAAAUGCAAAAAUAGGGUGGGAUCAUUUAAGAAUCUUCUUUUCAAGAACCACUGGGCCAGAAAAGCUGAAAUUUACAUGAAAGCCUUCUGACAUAAUGGAGAUUCAAGUUUGUUAAAAUCAUGACCCUUGGGGCAGUACAAUAGGGAAUUAAAAUUAUUUAUGUGAAUAUAUAAAGAAAAUCUUUUAUAGAUUUUCUUCUUGAGAACCACUGUGCUAGAAGAGUGGAGAUUUACCUGAAAGCUUCCUGAUGUAGAAUAGAUUCAGAUUUGUUCAGAUCAUGGCCCCCUGGGUAGAGUGGGGCCACAUAAGGGGCUCAAAGUUUUACAUAGGGAAAUCUCCAGGACCACUAUGCCAAUUUCAAUCAAACUUGAAACAAAUUACCCUUGGGUGAAGUGGUUUCAAGUUUGUUGAAAUGAAGGGCCAUGCUCUCUUCAAAGGGGAGACAAUCUCAAAAAUAGGGUGGGGCCAUUUAAAAAUCUUCUCGAGAACCACUGGGCCAGAAGAAAAGCUGAAAUUUACACGAAAGCUUCCUGACAUAGUGGAUCCUAUUCAUGACUAUUGAUGUGACUAGAAGUUUGGGCUAGAAUUUAACUUUGGGUAUGUCAAUAACUAUUUUGUAUAGUAAUUCAAAAUUAUCAACUGUACAUGUAAAACUUGUGUCUUUUGUAUUACAAAAUUAUGUACUUUUGUACAUACAGUCUAACCUUGUUUUGAACUCGAUUAAGCCAAUAAAAAACUUCCAAGAUAUUGAGGAUGAAGAAAAUGUAGUUGGGACUUCUAACUUCGACAUAUCCAUGGUAUUCAAGAUAUUAAUGUUUGAGAUACAGCAAUUCAACUGUACUUCAUUUUUUGUUGAAAUAUAUGCAUUACAUUAAAAAGUGUCAUCACACCACAUGUAUUUGAAUUUUACAAAGUUAUUACAUGUUUUAUUAUGCCCCCGAGAUCGAAGAUCAGGGGGCAUAUUGUUUUUGUCCUGUCUGUCAUUCUGUAAUCCUGUCAUUACAUGAGUAUUCCUUGUGACAAGACCUUUCCUUGGGUACCAACAUUUUUUACCCCUUGACCUUGGAGUUUGACCUACUUUUUGAAAACUUUAACCUUGCUAAUAACUUUUGAACAAUAAGUGAUAGAGCUUUGAUAUUUCACAUGAGUAUUCCUUGUGACAAGACCUUUCCAUGGGUACCAACAUUUUUGACCCUGUGACCUUGACGUUGGAGUUUGACCUACUUUUUGAAAACUUUAACCUUGCUAAUAACUUUUGAACAGUAAGUGAUAGAGCUUUGAUAUUUCACAUGAGUAUUCCUUGUGACAAGACCUUUCCGUUGGUAUUGAACCUUUUGACCUUGACAUUUGACCUACUUUUAAUUUUUUUUUUUACAUUUGUCAUAACUUCUAAAUGGUAAAUAUUAGAGCUUUCAUAUUGUACAUGAGCAUUUCUUUUGACAAGAUCUUUCUACUGGUACCAAGAUAUUUGCCCUUGUGACCUUGGCCAUCUUCGGAAUUGGCCAUUAUCGGGGGCAUUUGUGUUUCACAAACACAUCUUGUUUUUUCAUUCACUAGUACAUUCAUUUUAAAUUAUUAAUUAAAAAUAUGCUUAUGUAUUUGAAAGCGAUUGUGUAUAAACUCUUGAAUUAUUUUAUUUCACUGUUGUACUUGAAGAUCAUGGGGUUUAUCACUCUCUUCAAAUAGAUUUGACAUUAACCUCUCAUAUACAUGUAUGUGUACAUAAAUUGCAUGAACUUUGUACAUAUUUGUCAAAUACAUUUUAUUUAACUGAUAAUCUUUGAUAUUCCAUUUAUUUUUGUUGAUGAUUCUUAAACAAGUUUCGAAUAA